CAGAGCAGCAGCCCACACAGCUGGAAAACUUACAUUUCUCACAGCCUGGAGCCCAGAGGAAGGCGCGGGGGGAGGGGGAAGCGGGGGAGAUCUGUUGUUCCAGCUCCGUAGGGACAGUCCUGUCGGCCUUCGGGGUCCUCCUGCGAGACCGUGGAGCAGCAGUUAAUUUUCUUGUGUACACUGUCGGCUGGCAGAGACUCACGCUGUGGACCUGGACGUUUCGUUUCCAAAGCCCUGUUCUUCCCAAGGAGGAGGAAAACCAAGGAGCAGUAAACAGAUGAAAGAACAGCUCAGUUCUCAGAUGACUUACCAAGGUCUGAUGUUGAGUGUGGUCUUUAUCAUGCUCUGCAGGACAGAAGCGGACACAGUGACACAGAAAAACGUGGUGAAGGUGGGUGGCAACGGGACCUUGAGCUGCUUCCUGAAGGAGUCACAUGACGUUCUGCAAGUUACAUGGCAGAAGAAAAAUACUGGAGUGAAUGAAAAUUUGGCCACAUACAGUGUAUCUAAAGGAGUAAAUAUUGUUGAAAAAUAUCGAGGUCGAUUAAAUUUCACACGCCUGUCACUAAAUGAUACGACCAUUACCCUCUGGAGAGUUAGAAUCCAGGAUGACGGAUGUUACGCAUGCAUCUUUAAUACCUUUCCCACAGGAGCCAUCGUACAAGACUCCUGCUUGACUGUCUAUGAGCAGCUGAGAGGAUCUCUCCAUUAUGUCGUCUCUGAAGGUAACCUGACAGCCACUUGUUCUGCUAAUGCCUGGCCUCGUCCUGUGAUCUCCUGGAUUGUGCCAAAAGCUGAGAGUGAAAAGACAGAAGAGGUGGUCACGCACCCCAAUGGAACAGUGUCCGUCAUCAGCAAACUCUAUGUCAACAGUUCUACAAGCCUGGCAGGCCAAUUGCUGAUCUGCAGAGUACGGCACAUGGAGGAAGACAGAGAUUACAGUGUGAAAGUGAAAGAGGAAUCUAAAGCAUCUUAACCCAUCUACUGGAUCAUUCCUUGGCAAACCUGAUUCAGCAUUAGGCGCAGUGACCUGGCGUGGCCUGAAAGUAACAUCAAUAAAAGGGAAGUGUGAUCCAACCUAGACUCUGUAGCUGGAAGAUAGGAAGUAAAACAGUGACACCAGAUUCAGACAUGUAAGGGAUAGACCUAAUGUCAUCUGUCUCAGUCCCACUGGACAGCAACUAUCCACCUGCUUCUUUCCUCCUAUCUAGCUGAUCAGGUUCUUCUUCACAGGGCCGGCUCCAGGCACCAGCUUCUCAAGCAGGUGCUUGGGGCGGCACGUCCAGGUAUUUGGCGGCAAUUCGGCGGACAGUCCCUCACUCCGCCUGGGAGUGAAGGACCU